GUGCAACACUUCGACGCUGGAGCGUGUGUACGCCGAGCUCAAGCGAAGUGCAUAUCCGUAAUGUACAGGCACGCAUGCUCAACACUAGCACUCGGCUGAGCAGCGAGCGCAUGGGUUUGGUGCACGUGUUCUCGUAUUUCUCUCGCUCUUCGGUUAGAGAUUUGCUGUUUUGUUUCUUUGACUGUACUACUCCCUUUCCUGAAGGAAAUGUACAGAAGUACAAAUUCCCUGUGUGUGGAUUAUUGUUGUUGCGGUUGCCACUUGGUGAGCGCCAAUGCGCUGCUAUAAAAGGUCGUUGCGUGGCGUGUAGAAAUCAUUCUGAAUUCGUACGUUCAACGUGCCACACGCAUUUAACAAUUAGAAAACUAGCGAACAACGCAGAAAAUUUGAAGAACGAACAUUUCGAAAAUGUGUCAACAACAGCAACAAUUAGCAGCGCCGCAAAAUAACGCCAACAACAAGUCGAGCUAUAGUAUUAAGCGCGUCUUGCAGACAUUCUUCCGCAACAAACAACAACAAAAGCAAGAAAAAUUGCAACGCCGCCACCAGCAGCAGCGUUUGCAAACACCACAGCAACUGCAGCAGCAGCAACAAUAUCCAUAUCAGCAACAGCAACGUUUAUGGUACUCAUUGGAAUCUUUAGAAUCUCUAGAGAAUCUGCGCAAUGCACAAAUGGAAGAACAACAUUACUACGAAGAGAUCGAAGACAAUUCAGCCAAUGAGAAGCUGGCCGAACUCGUACAAGAAGCGGAGGAUUCACAGGCGGAGCAUGAUGUCUAUGUGCCCGUACGUUUUGCACGCACCGAAGCGGGCACCUUCUUCUGGACCACCAAUCUGCAGCCGGUGUUGAGCAGUUUCACACCUGUGGCCGCCGAUGAGGAUCUGCUGCAACCCAGCUAUUGCUACAGCAAUGCACAAUAUCCACACAUGCAGUAUCCUCAACAUAACGGCGAUCGUUGGGCACAAGCCUAAGCUGAGGUGUGUGUCUCUAGUAGACGCUUAACAACUGUGCUGGCUAUUUCUUUGGAAUUACUGUGACCGGAGCUUUAGAUAUUUGUGAUACUCGUUUGUAGCGGCUGAAGUACUUCUGAUUAACUCGUAAUGACAACACGUAACUGUUGUAUUAACGCGCUUCCAAUUUAGUGUUUAAGUUUUGUAAACAAAUCUCAAGUGGUGCUCAGCCAUGUUGAGCGCAUUUUUGUGCUUAAUUUUUUUCACAUUAUUAUUAUUAUUUUAAUAACUUUAAUUUACUAGUUGCUAAGUGAGAUUUUUGUGAUAACGAAAGGCUUUAUUUUACUUUAUAAUUUUUUGUAACUAAGAUAUGAGAAAUGACUCGUAAACAAACAUUUUCAAAUAGAUAAUUCGUUUUUGAUAAACACUACGAAAAUAUGAAAAAAAUCGAUUUUUUAUUUACUC